UUAUGUCAGUUGAACUGACGAUAUUGAGAGUUUGUCUUCUCUUGGUUUUUUUCUUUCAGUUAAAUUUGCAAUAGCUGUACUUAAAGCUCGUGGAGAAACAUCAUUCCUUCUUUUCUAGCAACAUCUAAGUCUAUUUAGCUUACUUUAGCUUAGCAUGCUAAACGAGAUUUUAGGCUAAGUUGUUUAGGCAUAAUUUCAUAACUCUAACCAAAACAUGACGUGGGUGUCCAUAGUUUUAAAUAAAAACGACGUAGCAUAAUUAACCGUUUGUCAAAUGUCUUUAUCGCGGUUUUAGUAAAGAUAUCUAGCAUAUUUGCUAGCUAACCGGUUACAUUAGCCUAUUUGUAGGCUGUAUCCUAUAAUAGGGCCCUAAGCGUUACAUAGUGAGCUACGUGGUAUAUAGAACUCCACAUCCCACAUAGUGCACAAGACUAGAGACUAGACCGCUAUUUGGAACUGGCCCCAGUCUCAUGCUAGUCAGCUAAGCUUGUUUAUUUCCUGAGUGUUUAAAGGCUUUUGGAAAACGAAACAUGUUGAAAAGGCUUCAGAAAGAACUGUUGGCUUUGCAGAACGAUCCUCCUCCUGGAAUGACUCUGAACGAGAAAAGUGUAGAAAAUACUAUAACCCAAUGGGUUAUUGAUAUGGAAGGAGCCUCUGGCACACUGUAUGAAGGAGAAAAAUUCCAGCUGCUUUUCAAAUUCAGUAGUCGAUAUCCAUUUGACUCGCCUCAGGUAAUGUUUACAGGAGAGAACAUUCCUGUCCAUCCCCAUAUUUAUAGCAAUGGUCACAUCUGCCUGUCAAUUCUAACAGAAGACUGGUCACCAGCACUGUCUGUCCAGUCAGUAUGUCUCAGCAUCAUCAGCAUGUUGUCCAGCUGCAAGGAGAAGCGACGGCCUCCUGAUAACUCCUUUUAUGUACGGACAUGUAACAAAAACCCAAAGAAGACUAAAUGGUGGUAUCACGAUGAUACAUGUUGAUGCUGAACUAUAAAACGAGUUUAGAAAUAAGAACCUGCUGACGUACAUUAGCACUUUUUAAACUUUGAACUUUGAGCCUCGGACUGAAAACGGAGGACGUGAACUUUUACUCAAGGACCAGCAUUACGAUGACAACAAAAUGGCUUCAAUCAAAGCAAAGACGUCAAGAGUUAAAGGUGGAAAACAAAUCAGGAUUGACUCCAAAUUGAUGCCGGAUUAAGCAAUGAGUCUUAAUUCCUUUUUUUUUUCUUUUUCUUUAUUUCUUUAUUUCUUUCUUUUUUUUUCUUUUUUUUUUUUUGCCUUUUUAUAAAUUGUUUUUAGCUGUGUCUCAAAUCGCAUGCUUCUUUAGCACACAAACCCCUUGUAAUGUGAGCAUUGUGUAUAAAAGGACCACUAUUGACUGUGAUCCAGUUACAGAGUUGAGUCAGCUAGCUAGAUUAUGCAGGCUAUCUCUUUAGUCUCUUGGUUUAGAGAGUGAGUGUAAAUUCACAUUGCUAGUCAUAUUGACCCAUUAGCAGAACUGUCUCGGUUUUGAGGAAUUAGUACAUCCAGUUUAUAGUAAAGUACAUAGUAUGCAAUUUGAGACAAAGCCCUUGACUUUUUCUACUUUAUUGAACAUAUUAUUCAAUUAAAUGUUCUUUUCUUUUUUUGUUGUGCAAUAACGAACCUGAAUCGUUUGGUUCAUCUGUAAACAAUUUUAGCAUUAAGUGCUUUCCGUUUGUGCAUCUGUUUUUGUUUGAUGUUUAUAUGCACUGUGAAAUUCUUGAUGAAGGCACAGAACAGUUUAAAAUCGAAACCUCACUUGAUAAUUUAUUUCUAUUUAAUACUAGGCAUGUGCCGAUAAUCAUUUAUAUUAUGCACCUCAAUAUUUAAAAUGCAUGAUAAUUUUAUUGUGAAUACUUCAAUAAAUUGUUGGUAGAGGUAAAUUUAUAUUUAUUUAAAAAUGAAAGUAUUUCAUUUUAAAUGAGAUAUUUUUCUUCUACCUUUUGUUUGGGCUUCCCCACUCUUAAAUUAGCUGACCACUUUAUUAGGAACACUAACACACCUGAUCAUUUAUGCUCACACACAGGUUAAGUGCCCUGUUUUUUCCCCCCUUGGUCACCUGUCAGCUUUGUGUGAGCUUCAGAUUCCUAGUCUUGGUUUUGGAGUGCAUACACCAAUGUUAUGAGUUGCUUUUCAGCUCAGCAUGGUUGUUAAGAGUAGUUGUUUGAGUCACCAAAACCUUCCUGUCGGUCUGAAUCAGUCUGACCAUUCUCCUUUGACGUCACUCAUUGAGAAAGCAUCCCCGCCCAUAGAACUGUUUUUGGAAAUACAUAAGCCAGCACGUCUGAUACAAACAACCAAACUAUGAACCGAACAUGAACUGAAUCUCUGAAUUUGGAUCAUUUUAUGCAUUGCGCUGCUUACAAUAUUGACUGACUGGAUAAUAUAAUUAAUGGGCAGGCACACCAGUGUUCCUAAUAAAGUGGUUAGUGAAUGUAUAGUCUGUUAUCCAAAUAUAAAAGUUAUUCCGAACAUUAACACAGACACCAAUGCAAUAUGGGAAGGAUAUUGGAAAGCCAUGAUUAAAAGGAUAAGCAGAGGCGUUGUGAUUUGGGAAAGUCAAAUAUCGGCACAUGCCUGCAUGCUCCUGUAUGUUGAUUUUCCUCAUUAAUAUCACUGAAAGUAACAGACGACUGAUGACUGUAACGAAUGUUAGCAAGGAUUCUGUAGUGUAUUUAUUUAUUUAUUUGUAUAAAUGACAUUUUGAUCGUUUCAAAAGGGCUGGAAGUUAAACGACGUAAAGUUUAGCUAUUUGUCAAUAGCCAUGUGCUAAUAUGAUUUUCAUAUAGUAAAUAUAGCAUUUUAGCCAAGCCUAUGUUAAUUUUUAUUAUAUGUUUACCAUUAUCUGUUCUUAACUGGACAUUGUUUUUUAAAGUUUUAAGAUAGCUAGCUAUCUACCUAAUUAGCAAAUAACUUUAGCUAUCUAAAUGUAACCAGGGGAAUGACAACAAUAAAGAAAACAUUAGCUUAGACAAGCUUUGUAAGUGAUUUUUGCAAUUUUAGAUUAGUUUUUAGUUGAAAAAUGUAUUCUUUGAUGCAAACAGUGCUUAAACAAACGGUACUUUUCGUAAUCACGAACCUAGCUAACUAACUUCACAUUAAAACUUCGGUGAAUUCAAUUCAGUGAUUUGAUUUUGAAGUGUUCACAACAACAAUGUGGAUGUGGAAUUAUCGGCACAUGUCUAAAUGUGAAGAAUAUUUGCUCCUGAUCAUCUUUAUCUGUGUGUUUGUUCUCCUGGUCACUCUUUUCAGGACUCAGGUACUUCCCCACAAGAAGAAAUCAGCUUUCCUUCAGUUAUUUUGUGUUUUAUCAUGUAUAGAUUUAGUUCUUUUUUUUUCCUUGAAGGAAAUAUUUUCCAAAAAAAAAAACCCAGAAUCAAUAUGUAUAUUUCAAUUGUGUGUGUUACUCUUUAUCUAAAUGGACAUGUAUAGUAAAGACUGAUUAUUUAGA